CCCUGUAUGUAAGACCAUCAAGGACCCUUUUAACUGACUCAGAGGAGGAAAGUGAACUUUCUGCCACUGACAGAUCAACUGCUAAGGACAGUGAUGAGGAUUGUUGUGAAAUCCUGCAAAUCCCUGCAGGCAUGAGCAGCUGUGUCACCACCAGGGCAGCCUCAAGAGCAAUGAGAAAUAAUGAUCCCUGUACUGGCAAUAUUGAUGGUGAAGGCAAUCCUGGCACUGGCACUGGUAUUGACGAUGAUUAUAAUGAUGAUGCCACCAACCACCCAGCUACCAGUGCUGUUAAAAGGAGUAGAUUAGUAGUGGAAGGAGUGGAUGGCGGCCCUGGCACAAGCAGUCAAGAUGGAGGCUGCCUUCCAAGGAGUGAUGGCAACCAUGGGACUAGCGGCCAUGAUGACUACUCAUCAUAUUUAGCACUUGUGUCAACUCUUCCUGACGACUCCUCAGAUGACGAGGAAUUAAACAAGGCCAUUAUUGCCAGUAUGGAGUGUCCAAUUGCAGAAAAGGUCCCGAGUCAGGAGAUACUGCUGGAACUGUCAAGCAAAAUUAUUACAAAACGACAGUGCAGGUUCAAUAUAAAUCGCUCUGCUGUCUGGGAAGGAGCCAUGCGGGGUUUCCAAAGGGUAUCCUACGACCCAAACUUGAUGAUUUCUGUAAAGUUCUCAGAUGACAUGGGGAGAAAUGAGGAAGGGAUUGAUUUAGGAGGGCCAAGGAGGGAAUUCUUGAGGCUGCUGAUGGAGACCAUUGCCAGAUCCGCCAUGUUUGAGGGAAAAGAAAACAGCAAGAACUUUGCUCUUGACAGUACUGCUCUAAGAGAGGACCGGUACUACAACGCUGGCAGAGCCAUUGCAGUGAGUUUGGUGCAUGGUGGUCCACCACCAAACUUCCUGUCACCAACAGUGUUUUCGCUUCUUGUUGAUGGUUCAGCAAAUCCAGCUGUAGAAGACAUAGCUGACCCAGAACUCCUUGAGAAAGUCAAAAAGGUAUCUGAAAGUACCACGGUUGAGGAGCUUGAGGAGUCAAAGGCACCUCUACUUGAGUACCUGGCUAAUGCAGGAUGUCUAAGGCCUGUGCAGUCAAUCAGGGACAGGGAGCUGCUGGUACAGGACAUAGUGAUGUUUCAGGUUGUCCACAGGGUCCAAGGUCCAUUUCAAAGAUUCUGUGAAGGUCUGAAGACUCUUGGGGUUCUUGAAAAAAUCAGGAGACAUCCUGACAGCUUUAAGCCCCUGUUUUGCUAUGAGGCAAGUCUUCUCACUGCUGACCAGAUGGACAAUCUCUUCAGCAUUCCACUCUCUCCAGAAGGGAGCAACAAGAGAACUGCAGAAGAAAUGGUUGUAAUCUUCUGGAGAGACUAUCUCCAGGAUGCAGAAGAAGAAGAAGGGCCAUCCAAACUACAAAAAUAUUGGCCUUCGCAACAGGAGCCUCUGUGGUGCCACCCAUCGGCUUUUCCCCAACACCUUCUGUGGAGUUCAUUCACAAGGGAGAGGACGACUAUGCCUCGACACCAUUGUUCCCUAUGGCCAACACAUGUGUCAACUGCAUCAGGUUGCCGCUACUUGUGUCAUAUGAACUCUUUAAAGACAAGUUUGACUUUGCUUUAGGGAACACUCAUGGGUUUGGCAGGUCAUGAAUAUACAGUGGUGGAAAUAAGUUUUGAACGUGUCAACAUUUCUUUCGUUAAAUAUUUUAAUAUUUUUCUGAUGCAGCUAUUCAUUUGAGAUUUAUACCACAUAUUGGAAUUGACUCAAUAAAAGUCAAUAAGUAAAGCUACACAGGUAAAGACAUUUACAUGUGUGUUUAAUACUUUUUCCUGUGUUAUUUCACUUUGUUAAACACUUUUUAGGGAAUGGAAUGUUACGUUUCCUUUACCUGUGUAGUUUUAUUAAGUCAAUACUAAUAUAUGGUUCA